AAGGCCCCCUUUAUUUUGAUUGACACCAACUAAUCAUUAUUUGUGCAGCUCAACAAGGGUGUAGGCACGUAUAAGUUCCCAUAUAUGGUCUUUAUGGAUGCUAUUAGUAUAUGAUUCACAUGGCUAUCACUCCAUCUGGACUUACGGGCGGUCCCCACGGGCAGCAAGACAGCCUCAAAGUCACCAUUCAGCCUUCAGACCGAAGAAAUCGUCGGAGAUGAUAAAUACCCAAGCCUGAUAUAUAUCACUUCCACUCGUACGAUAUCCGGACUCAUGAGAGGAAUAGGUUUCCUGUUUGCUUUUCCGCACUAUAGCCUAGUAGAGAACUAGUUGAGGAAUGCUCGUCGUCGUAUGUAGCAUUUUAUUCCACGAGAUUGAUAAGUCGAAUAAGUUUCCAAGAAGAGAGAAAACACUACUACGAUGAGAUUUCUCUGCUUACCCGGCGCCUAUGGAAGUGCUAAGAACUUCGGCGUCCAGCUCGGACCGUUCGCCAAACACAUGGAGGACCGAGGCCUAGCAACGUUCGCUUUUACGCAAGGAGCGCAUGAGGUAGAGCCGCCGCUAGGUUGGGAGAACUAUUUCGGAUCGCGGCCGUUAUACCGGUUUAUCGAUGCAGCGGAGGGCGAUGCGUUCGAGGUGGUACGGCGUGUGCGGCAUAUUCCGCGGGGUCUUAGUCCCGAAGCCACUUUACGCUUGUUCAAACCAGACCGUCCUGUUGAUGUCGACUGGACGACGUUCCGGGAUGCACUGAGCGGCAUACUUAAGACUAUUGAAGAUGAUCCCGAAAUCGAUGGUCUCAUUGGUUAUUCAGAGGGUGCUAUGAUGGCCGCGUCAAUUUGCGCGGAGGAGCAUAGAAGGUGGGAGGAAAAGGGAACUCCUAGGCGGAUCAAGUUCGCUAUCUUCUUCGCCGGUACACCGCCUCUAGUAGCUGAAGGCGACGGGUUCAUAGCCAAGCUCGCAGAUGAAUACGGUACGACAAUUGAUAUCCCGACCUUUCACGUCUUCGGAUCGAAUGACCCUCUCGUAUACUCCUCCGUCGCUCUUUACAACGCGUGUAACCCAGACCUAGCCCAAUUAUACGACCACGGCCUCGGACACUUGGUCCCUCGCGACGCGGAUAACGUCGAGCAGCUCGGAGAUACGCUUUCGGAUGUAAUUACAAAGAUCAAUAAGGUACAAGAGAAGGAAGCAGCUGCGGCUGUGGCUCGUGGCCGGUCUGAGGAGGGUAACAGUGAGAAUAGUGAUGAUAAGGUUCUCCGGGACAGCUCUCGGCCCGGUACUGAGAGUGACUUUACUACCGAGGAGUUCACCAUUGAGUCCUCCGCUCCCACCUCCUCUGCUUCUUCUUCUGGAUCCAGCACCGGGUCUACGGCUGAGACGUCAGAUCUGGAGUCGCGAUCUAGUCACGGAAAUGGGCCUGAGGAGGUUAAGAAGAUCUAGGGUGCCUAAGGGCUCGUAGAAAUUGGUACUCGUCGAUCCUAGACUUAACCUAGUGUUGUUAUCAAACCUUCUGUGUUGGGAAUGUAUAAUAGCUGCAUUUAAGAGAUUCUUUGAUAGCCGAUUUGGUUUGUUUAAUAAGCAGUUGUCACCUUCAGUGCUGCAUAUUUAUACUCAAGUUCACAUCUACAGAUCUAUAAUAUCGGGUAAUAAGAUAAAAGUAAGCUAUCAUAACCAUUCCCCCUUUUUUAUUGA